AUGAGCAGAUCAGGUCAGCCUCCGGAUCUCAAGAAAUACAUGGACAAGAAAUUACAGAUCAAGUUGAAUGCAAAUCGUAUGGUGGUUGGAACACUUCGUGGAUUUGAUCAGUUCAUGAAUCUGGUGAUUGACAACACUCUGGAAGUGAAUGGCAACGAGACAACUGAUAUAGGCAUGGUGGUCAUCAGAGGAAACAGUGUGGUCACUGUUGAAGCGCUUGAGCCACGGAAUGACUGGUCUUGUUGGGUAUGUUUUAGUCCAUGGUUUGUUGAUAAGCUUGAAUAUCUUGCAUGCGUAAACAAUUUGUAUUUGACAUUAAUGGUAUCGGUCAUUGUGGAUGAUAUUGUCUGUUGUAUAUUAGACCAAAUGUAUUAA